UCUGUGCUGUGACGUGACCCGCUGGGCCGUGUGCGCGCGCACGCGGCCCAGCGCGCCGCCGCUUGGACAUAUGCGCGCACCGCCGCCGCCGCAGCAGACGGGACCGGAGUGGCUGCGCGCGGCGUCGCAGGGGAUCUUUUUUUUUCUCCCCCCCGCAGGAGCUUCUCAUCCCACUUUGGACUGCUUUGGCGUGUGUGAGGGUGUUGAUGGAGAAUGUUCCGGAUGGGAAUCGAGCCACUUUGGGGACUUUUUUUGUGUGUGUAGUAGGGGGUGCGUGUGUUUUUUGGGGUUUUUUUUUCUUCCUCACUUUUCCAAAUCCUGGUGCACGUGCAUACUCAUUUGCAAGUGGAACCAGCACUAAAGUGAUGGGCUGUUGAUGGAGAGCGUUUCGAAUGUCAGCCGGGACAGUGGUCAUCGCUGGUGGAAUUCUGGCUGCCGUCAUCUUACUCACCAUCGUGGCCGUGCUGUGUUUAUGUAGAUUGCAGUAUUACUGCUGUAAGAGGGAGGAGUCGGCGAAGGGGGAGGAGCAGGAGGAGGAGGAGGAACCGGAGCUGUCCACCAUGUCGCCUUCGCACCCCCUGGCUCUGUCGGCGCCCCCGACGCCGCCCACGCCGGAGCGUUACGGCGACGAACCCGAGACGUACCCGCCCACCUUCCUGACCGAGGCCAACGGGCCCGUUAGCUACACGCCGCCGCCGCCUCUGCGCCGCUGCCAGCGGGGGCACGGCUUCUGCCCGGCGUGCGCCCGCUGCACGCUGCCCUUCUACCUGCACCACCCGGAGCGGCUCUGCAACGGAGGCCGAGGGUUCGCCGGCUACCGCGGCGUGCGCCAGGACCCGGAGACGCCCGUCGCCGACCUGGCCGGCUUCUACCGCAAGCUGGACCUCAUCCGCUCAAUGGCCACGCGAGAGGCGGUCGUGCGCAGCAUCAGCACCGACGUGUAGGGGGGGCCCGGGGGGGCCGCAAACCACACGCCAAGGGCUUUUGGAGAAGGGCCGGCUCGGGACGUCGGUCUUCGGGAUCAAUCUGCCAAGUCGAGGUAUCCAGAGACAAUGAAAUAAAGAUGAAAUUAGCCCCGCCCACCACAAAAACCGUUUUGGAUUGAUGUAUUUGAUCAACACUCGAUAGCUGACACUCGUCGCGUCUUCGGCACGGCGCCGUGUUACGCGGUGUUGCACGCCGUUAGCCACGCGGCGACGCACUUUGGCUCACUUUUAUUUUGUCGAGUGAAGUACGGCCGAAACGGUUGUACAUCGCGAGACGUUGUUCUGUCGCACGCUUUGUAACGCGCACCCGCUUACCUUGUAAGACACAAACUGUAACUGAGAUGGCGAAAUAAAUUGUCACGUGCGCUGUAACGCGCUCACUUCAUCUUGCAAGAAGCUAUCUGUUGACCACCCCAGCGCC